AGUCUCCGCCAUGAAACACAGAAGAAGAAGAACACGAUCAACAAAUAUCCCGGCGCAGACUGAUGAUGCGAGUUAUGUUGAUAUCUUUGAUUUCAGAGUUGUUCUCAGCAUUUGACACAACUGAGGUAAAAUUUAAAUGAAGGAAUCGUUUAGUAAACUGAUUCAAAAGAUUCGAGUCACUGAGAUGAAUCAAAAUCCCAGUCGCUGGAACUACGAACAAACUCCACCUACCGGAAUUGCAUAAGAAAGGUCGCCCUAGAAAAUCCAAAUGAAAAAGACGAUUUAGACAACAUUACAGCUGAAAUAAACAGAAACAUUAAUACUCACAGUCUGGACUGAAUUCCCAGAAUGUCUAGGGAGCAGCAAGCUGUUCAACAGGCCAGGAAGGCUUUCUUGACUGGAAGAUCCAAACCCCUGGACUACAGAAUUAAACAACUUCAAAACUUAAAGCGAUUCAUUAAAGAAAAAACGACAGACAUUAAUAAUGCCAUGAGGAAUGACCUCCAUAAGACUGCAAAUGCAACACAGCUGUUUGAGAUCCUUGGCUUGGAGGGUGAAAUCAAUCUGGCUGUCAGCAAGCUGACUGAGUGGGCAGCUCCCCGUCCUGUGAAUAAAAACCUUCUCACCAUUGCAGAUGAUGUGUACAUACAGCCAGAGCCUCUUGGUGUGGUGCUUAUCAUUGGGGCGUGGAACUAUCCAAUAGCAGUCACCCUGCAACCCCUUGUGGGAGCCAUUGCUGCAGGUAAUGCUGCAGUUGUGAAACCAUCAGAAGUGAGCUCUCAUACAGCCAAAGUUAUGGAGCUCCUCCCUCUCUACCUGGACCCGGAGAUGUAUCAAGUGGUGACAGGAGGGGUUCCAGAGACUCAGGAGCUGCUGAAGCAGCGUUUCGACCACAUCUUCUACACUGGAAACAGCACGGUUGGGAAACUGGUUAUGGAAGCGGCAGCUCGUCAUCUCACGCCAGUGACUUUAGAACUGGGUGGAAAAAGCCCCUGUUACAUUGACAAAAAUUGUGACAUCAGAAUUGCCUGCCGCCGGAUCACCUGGGGCAAGUAUAUGAACUGCGGCCAGACCUGCAUUGCACCUGAUUACGUCCUCUGUGAAUCCAGCAUCCAAGACAAAGUGAUUAAUGAGAUCCAGAAAUGCAUUCAGGAGUUUUAUACAAAUGACCCCAAGAGCUUUGCAGACUACGGACGGAUAAUUAACCAGCGGCAUUUUAAGAGGAUAAUGGCACUUUUGGAGGAUAGCACAGUGGCUAUUGGAGGAGACAGUGAUGAAUCGGAGUGUUAUAUUGCUCCUACUGUUUUGAGGGAUGUGACUUCAGGAUCCAAAGUGAUGCAGGAAGAGAUCUUCGGGCCAAUUUUACCCAUCAUCACUGUUAACGGCUUAAACGAAGCAAUACAGUUCAUCAAUGAACGAGAAAAGCCUCUGGCACUCUACGUGUUCUCUCCCAGUAAAAAGGUCAUUAAACAGAUGAUAUCAGAGACGUCUAGUGGAGCGAUUGUAGCCAAUGAUUGCCUGGUGCAUUUCACCAUAAGUGAUUUGCCUUUUGGUGGGAUUGGGAAUAGUGGAACUGGUUGUUACCAUGGCAAAUACAGUUUCGAUCAGCUAAGUCACCUUCGCAGCUGUCUUAUUAAGAAGCUGAACAUGGAAGGUGUGAAUCAGAUGCGCUACCCACCCCAUACAACAAAGAAGUUGCGCUGGGCCCGUAUUUUACUCUUGAAGCAAGUAAAUCUGGCUCGCUGGCGUCAGGUGGCACAGGUUGCUAUGCUUGCCGCACUGGCGGCCUUUGUGGGGCAGAGGUUUUUCCGACGAUGAGGACAACCUGAAGAUUGUUUCUUUGACCCAUCAUCUUAGAAGGGCGGUUGAUGUGGUUCCUUGCAUAUUGAAGAUGUCCAGCACUCAUUAUUUAGACAUAUGAGUCUCUUAUCAUGUUAAUUUAUAUGAUAUAGAUUCAUGUCUUUAUUGUUACUUCUGUUAACAAGUAAUAAUCACAAGGUGUAAAAUCAUUUGGUCUGAUAGGGGCAGUAGAACUCUUGGUAACUUACUGUUUUUUAAUCACUUCAGUUAAUUAUUCAUUAGCAACCAUUAAAAAAUGAAGUGCAAACAUAAAAUAGGAGUCUAAUCUGAAUUAUUUUUUUAUUAAAGAAAGUUACAAUAAAUAACCCUAUGUUCUACUA